AUGCCGUCCACCACCCCGCCGCAGACGGUGGGCCCGCCUGCGACCGCUGCCGGCGUUGCCUGCUGCCAGCUGUCGGUGGUUGUCGCGUCUCGCAAUGCCGUGAAGAUCAAUGCCGUCGCCGCGGCCCUGAAGCGGGCGCUUCCCGGGGUGAAGCACCAUGUGACAGGCGCCGACUCGCAGUCUGGUGUGGCCGACCAGCCAUUUGGAGAUCAAGAGACGCUGCGUGGUGCAUGCAACCGUGUGGCCAGCAUCUGCCUGCCGCAGCACCAGGGCUGCCUGCUGGUGGCGAUUGAGGGCGGAGUGGGCUUUCAGGAGCCGCUGCCACCAUCCCCAGCUUUGCUGGGCACUGAUCCAGGACUGCAAGCGCAGGAUGCGCAGCAGCUGCAGCAGCAGCAGCAGCGGCGGCAGCAGCGGCGGGAGCAGGCCCUGAUGCAGCAGCAGGGAGGCCAGCAGCAAGCGGGAACGCCGCUGCCGGGGCUGGAGUGCUUUGCGUGGGUGGUGGUGCAGGCGCCAGGCGGCGCCACCAGCCAAGCUCGAACUGCAACCUUCCCGCUGCCGCCGGCAAUCAGCGAGCUGAUGCUGCGCGAUGGUCUAGAGCUGGGGGAUGCCGAUGAUGCAGUGUUUGGCAGGGUGAAGUCAGGGCGUGGCAACGGCACCAUCGGCCUGCUGACGAGCGGCCUGCUGACGCGGCAGAGCUACUAUGAGCAUGCUGCGCUGUGCGCCUUGGUACCGCUCAUCAACCCGCAGCUGUACCCAGGCUUUGCCCUGGCAGCGGGGAGCGAAUGA